AUGAAGAACAAAAGAGACGACGUCUAUGUUCGGUACAUCAAUCCCAAAAAACCAGAGGGCCGUACCAGAAAGAUCAAUAAGCAUUCUCGGGAACAGCUCAAUGAGCUCCUUUUGUACCAUGACUCUGAGAGCAGUGACAGUGAGGAGGAGCAAGCUCAGGAUACAGCAGAAGCAAAGGAACAAGAGGAGGAAUUGGAAACUGAAGAUGAAGAGGAAAUGCAUAAGGAUGCAUUGGAAGAUUAG